UAUUCUGAAGUUCCCUUAACCUGGGUCUUUGGUAUAUCUGGAGCAGUGAUCUCUUCAGUAGCAGCUUCAGUGCAGAUACUUCAAACAAAAUCAUGGAACGUCAAAGUCGGAAUUUAAAGACAGUACUGUCAUUAUCUAUAGGAAGAUUUCACAUUUCUGAAGAUUAUGGUUUUCUCCUUCCAAAUCCUCUGAAAAAACUUCCAGAUCAUUAUAGACCUUGGAUGGAAAUUGCCAACAAACUUUCUCACUUGAUCGAGAGUCACCAGCUUCGAACUCAAGUGAACAAGAUGCCCCUGCUGAACUGCGAGUUCCUCAAGAGUCAUCGGGAGCAGCGCUUGGCCCACGUGGUCCUGAGCUUUAUUACCAUGGGAUAUGUCUGGCAGGAAGGGGAGGCACAGCCUGAACAGGUUCUGCCUAGAAAUCUUGCCCUUCCCUUUGUGGAAGUCUCCAGGAAGUUGGGACUCCCUCCUAUCCUAGUCCACGCAGACUUGGUGUUGACGAACUGGACUACAAAGGAUCCUGAAAGACCCCUGGACAUCAGGAACUUGGAUAUCAUUUUCUCAUUUCCUGGGGGAGAAAGCCUGCGUGGUUUUAUACUGGUGACUCUUUUGGUGGAGAAAGCAGCAGUACCUGGGAUUAAGGCACUUGUUCAAGCAGUGAAUGCCAUCUUGCAGGCCAACCAGUACUCCCUGCUCCAAGCCCUGCAGCAACUGAGACUCUCCAUUCAGGACAUGACCAGAACCUUAGGACAAAUGCACGAUUAUGUAGAUCCAGACAUAUUUUAUGCAGUCAUCCGGAUCUUUCUCUCUGGAUGGAAAGAUAACCCAGCAAUGCCUGUGGGGCUGAUAUAUGAGGGAGUGUCCACAGAGCCCCUGAAAUACUCUGGAGGGAGUGCUGCUCAGAGCACAGUGCUUCACGCCUUUGAUGAGUUCUUGGGCAUUCAUCACAGCAAGGAAAGUGGUGACUUUCUGCUCAGAAUGAGGGACUACAUGCCUCCUUUUCAUAAGGCCUUCAUAGAAGAAAUACAGGCAGCGCCUUCGCUGAGGCAUCAUGUCCUGUCCUCUGGAAACGGCUCACUUCUGACAGCAUACAACCAGUGUGUGGAGGCCCUGGCAGAGCUGCGCAGCUACCACAUAACUGUGGUGACCAAAUACCUUGUCACAGCUGCCGCCAAAGCAAAGAGCAGGAAGCCAAGCCAUCUCCCUGGGCCACCUCAGGCCUUAGAAGAGAGAGGCACAGGAGGGACUGCAGUUCUGAGCUUCCUGAAGAGUGUCAGGAAUAAGACCUUAGAGGCGAUCCUCCCGCAAAGUGGUUGAGAGACAGCCUUCUCGCCAGCAAUGGAAAAACAGCAAACGUCCCACUUGAGUGCAGAUGGGCAUGAAGAAUGAGGGUCCGUGUUCUGUCAGAAAUGAUACAAAAUCCACCUCAGUCCUAUUCAUGUUCCUGCUCCAUAGAACAUCAUCUCCUUUGUUGAGACCUGUUGGUCUUCACAGAGGAGAUUUUUUCAUGGCCAGAAAUUCUCCUUUCUUUACCUGAUUGCUGGCUAAUCACAAACAGCUUUGGACACUCCCUCAGUGAGAACCCCACAGGGGGAUAAGAGGAUCCCUACUCUAUUUGCAAAGUGAUUGAAAAACAAUCUAAAUUUCAGAAACCAAAUAACAUUGCCUGUGGACAGAUCACCUUGUAGAUUUCUUGAAAUAACAAAUUAAACAUCCAUGCAUUCACUCACUUAAAAUGUAUUAAGUUGCUACUGAGCCCUGGCUUAGGAAUAUGGACCAAGAUUUCUGUGGCCCCAGUGCAGCCCUCGUCUCCCUGCUUGUGUUGUUUGGUGGUGGGAGGCUGGAAUGCUCCCGUGGAGAUGGGAAAAAGAGGAGGCUAACAGUGAGACUUGGAGUCCCCAAUGCAGAAGUGGCUGGUUAAAGGCAUGGGAACGGAUGAGGCUCUUCCACGUGGCUCAUAAAUUUUCAAUGCUAUUUUAGUUCCCUUCUCUAUUUUUGGAAGAACAAUUCUUUCUUCUUUCACUGAGUCUGUAUUUGUAAAAUGAAUUAAUUGACCCCUUGGAAGUAAAUGAGU